UGUUAUACCCAAAUCUCUUGCUGUUAUUGCAUUUUAGGCAAUAACCUUUUAAAAAAAUAAUUAUUUGUUCAUUUGCGUCUUUUAGUACAAUCUAAAAGGGUGAACAUUUUCUGAAUGUGUUGAUUUUUUUUCUGAUUAAUCAAUUAUCAGAAUUAUCGCUAACUAAUAUAAUUGUUUGUUGCAGCCUUACUAUAAAUCUUUAAUUUAGGGAAGCUUGCAAACUGAUUUUAAGCUGAUUACAUAAGAAAUCCAAUCUGUUUUUUAUGUUAAAUAUGUCGCAUGACUUUGGUCAUUAUAUUCGUAGAAAGAUGCUUUUCUUCAAAAACUUUGUGAUGUAUAUAGCAGCGGUGCAUUCCUCACAAACCCUUGGAGACAACGAAGUUGCCAUGGCCAAAAACAGCUGAACACAGACGUUCAGGAGUCUGCUGAAGGUCUGUCUAACCACAGAGUGUGCUGCUUUUCCAACUUGCACUCAGGAUAAAACAGAGAGAGUUUAGGAAAACAGGAAAACCGUAGAACACAGGGCACAACCUCCUCAAUGCAGGAAUGAGAUGAUUUGUUGAUUACAUUCUCCUCGUCCUUAUCGACUCUGUCAUUUUUAAAGACUAUUUGGGGUGAAUUAGUGAAACAACAGUUCUUUUCUUGCUCUGAAACGUUGGUAAACAGGAUAUUGAGGUUGCUGAGUAAAUGUUCUUUGUCUCUGUUUUGGAUUCUCACAAUAUCUCGGUUUGUUCGCUGCGAGGGAACAGAAGAACAACAUGUUAUCUGCACAAUGCACUGCACGGUAAUAGUCCUGUCCUUCAAACUUCUCAGGCAACACAUCCCAACAUGCGGACGUACUAUUUUUGCACUGACACUGGAAAAGAGAUGGAAUCGUGGAUGAAAGUCAUGACAGAUGCUGCGAAUGUGCAUUCAGACCCGACCAAAAGGCUGGACAAGCUAAAAGUGGAAGAGUGUGGACCCAAAGAAAUCAGUCAAGUAGCUAACCACAAGCCGCCGCUUACACAGCCAGAGAUCCAAAACAACGAACGCAACCUUCAAGUUGACCGCGAGCGCAGCGCGGCUGUAACGCCCAGCAACGAGCAAGACGAGCGAAAGCAGCGCGACGCCGAGCGCUACGGCUUCCAGAAGGACGGGGCCGAGCGCGAGCGACCCCUCACGAAGAUCAGCAGCAUCAAGCUGCAGCCGGACCAGGCGGCGGCCAUUAAAGCCAACAUGUCCUCGCCCCAGACGCCAAACGAGACGGACAGGACGCUCCACCUCCCCCAAGUAAAUGGAUCAGUAGAGCCCUGUAAGGCUAACGGGACCGGGGUUCCUGUCCAGCAGAGUCCAAUCAGCGAACCGGAACGCAACCUGAGCAGAACCAGCUCUAUGCAGCAACUGGAGCAGUGGGUUCGCACGCAAAGAGGACGGGGUCAGGACGACGACGCCAGGAGCGUCACCUCAUACCAGACUCUGCCUAGAAACAUGCCGAGCCAUCGGACUCCCUACAUUCCUCAUUAUGGAGACGGCUACCGCAGCAUGCCCAGGAACAGCAUGGCCCAGCGGGACAGCAUCUGCAGCAUGUCGCCCUCGCUCUACGAUCAAGCCCUGGGCUCUUCGGCCGCCGAGAAGCGCCGCUCCAUGCGAGACGACACCAUGUGGCAGCUGUACGAGUGGCAGCAGAGGCAGGCCUACAGCCGGCAGUCGGGGCUCUACAGCAACAUGGCCAGCCCCAAAACCAUGAUAAACCUGUCAGAGCACGCCGCACUGAGCCACUCCAUCCCCCCCUCACCUUCACACGGAUCGCUGUCCAUGUACGGCGCCUACUCUCCGAUGAGAUCCUACAACAUGGCCAACGCGAGGUCAGAGGUCGCCUCUCCGGUCUACAGGAGAGACCUGAGCAUCGACAGACGGCAGCGACCGCAAGUCAACAAGUACGCCUACCCUCCCGACAGGCGAUCGCUGCCUGCAGGGAUCCCAGUCCAGACUAUCACUGCCCAAUCUCUUCAAAGCAAAACUCCUGAGGAACUGACUUUGCUGCUGAUAAAGCUGCGGCGGCAGCAAGCAGAGCUAAACAGUAUCCGGGACCACACUGUAGCACAGCUUAUGCAACUAAACAUGGAUCACAACAACCCAAAGAACGACAUUCUCUCCCAUCACCUCCAAAGGAACCUCAUGUAUUUGGACAAUCAGAUGAAGGAAAUUGACCCUUUAAUCGUCUUGACUCACACUUUGAUUGAGAACUCUGCCCCAAGGCCUCAAGUUUACCAGCAAAUGAGUCCAGAAGACUACAGGGAACCAGUCUACACGUAUAUGCCAGAUGUGGAGGAUAUUGAUAGCAUAAUUAGCAGGCUGUGUGAGCAGGAUAAAGUGGUGAAGAUGCAGGAGGAGAAACUUCAGCAGCUGUUAAGGGAGAAGCACACAUUGGAGACGGCGCUUCUGUCGGCCAGCCAGGAGAUUGAGCUGGGCUCAGAAAACCCAGCCGCCUUGCAGGGCGUCAUCCAACAGAGAGACCUGCUGCAGAGCGGCCUCCUCAGCACCUGCAGGGAGUUGUCCAGAGUCACUGCUGAGUUGGAGCGCUCCAGUAGGGAGUCUGAACGGAUAGAAGCAGAAGUGAUUGUAGCUAAGAACAAUUUACUACAGCAGCUUGAAGUUCUUGGUAGCCCACAGACGGAGCCUCCCAGCCAGCAGCACGUCCGCAUCCAGAAGGAGCUCUGGAGGAUUCAGGAUGUGAUGGAGGCCCUGGAUAAACAGAAAGCUCAGAGAAAUGCUGCUGACGGAACGGGUUUCUAUGAGUCCAAUUCCAACUUCAGUAAGCACAAAAAUGAGGAGGAGGACUCGGCGCCCCCGCGGCCGCCUCUUCCCCAUUCCUACGAGCCGAACUCCCCUGUCGUUCCCCCUCUGCCCGCCUCUCACUCUGGUGCGCGGCCCGCGUCACUCCACAGGCCGGAGGACAGGAAGGCCAAUCAAAGGAAUAGCUCGCAGAGCGGUCCCGACUACAGGCUGUAUAAGAGUGAACCAGAGCUGACCACCGUGGCCGAGGUGGAUGAGAACAACGGAGAGGACAGAUCUGAACAUCCGUCUGACAGAGAACAUGCAGGAAACAAAGGCAUGUCUUACCCUGUUGGCAUCGUCCCACCUAGAACCAAAUCUCCAGUGCCUGAGUCUUCCUCCAUCGCAUCUUACGUCACACUGAGGAAAACCAAGAAGCCUGAUCUGAGGACGGACCGGCCGCGCAGCGCCGUGGAGCAGCAGCUGUGCGCCGUGGACGGCAGCCGGCCCAGGAUGAGCGUGGAGGAGCAGAUGGAGAGGAUUCGCCGCCACCAGCAGGGCUCCCUCAGGGAGAAGAAGAAGUCGCUGAGCUUCCGGGGAGGCAGCCUGGAGAACACGCCCUCACGCAGUCACUCGUUCAACAGAGAGAAUCAUUUCCACAGCAUGAAGUCCCAAAUAAGGCGCAGAGAUGAGGUGAUGAGCAGUGACAUUCAGGAGCUGGAGGCGUCGCUCAGAAACCAGAACUUGGUGAGGGAGCAGGAGACGCCUGCAGAGGAGAUCGCCCGCCUCAAAGAAUCCUCACAGGACGAUCAUUUCAACCUGGAUCGAGAGCUUUCUGUGCCAGACAAAGUUCUGAUUCCCGAGCGUUACAUUGAAUCAGACCCAGAAGAGCCGCUGAGUCCGGAGCAGGAGGCCGAUAAGCGGCGGAAAGUGGAUCGUAUUAAAGCCCUAAUAGCAAAAAACAGCAUGGCGAAUGUGCUACCUAGUUUAGCUUUAAGCCCAGAGGACGUGAAUGAAGAGGAGGUUACUGUACAGGAGAAGGAGAAGAUGAUUAAUAUCUCCUAUGAACUGGCAGCGGAGGCCUCCAAACGCAGCAAGCUCGUAGCAGUGAAAAGCCUGUCAUCUUCUUCCCCACCCCCACAGUCUCCCAACACACCCCCUCAGCUCACUGACGGCUCUCACUUCAUCACAGGCUCUGGCCUCAGUAAAGACCUACACAUGAAGGAAGUAACAAGGAAAGCAUAAAAUCCUCCUGAGGAUCUUCUUCCUGGAGAUCAGCACAAGGCCUUGACCUACAGAACGUGAAACUGCCAACUUCAGCCUGGCAGCGUUUAGCCUCGGACUUCUGUAUCCUCACUGUGACAUCUGAAGCGUGUACGCCAGUCUUCGGUUACAUUUCCCCACGUCGAGAGGAAACUCUCCCCCAUUUUCCUUUUUUUUUGUUUACCGUUGAUGCUGCAGUUUCAUUUUCAGUUUGUUUUUAUUAUAUUUUUAGUUUUAAUAGGUUGUUGCAAUAUAGGUCUAUCUGUAUAUAUGGGAGGCUACAGACUGAAUACAGAGUAUUUUAGGCCACUUUUUCCACUCGCGUUUCAACACCUUUUCAAGGUUUUAAGAUGCUUCUGCGUAUUCUUUUAGCUAAAUUUAAUCUUUAAUAUUUAAUUCAGAUGUUGACAUUUAGCUAACUAGUUAUAUUUAUCAAUUUAUUGUAAAGAACACUUGUCUAUACUGAUUAAUACCAGAUCUGUAUUCCUCAUAUAUAAUAUUGGAGCAACUUUACUCUUGCAGACUAAAAUGAUUUGUAAAUUUCGAUGUUUCCAGUCAGCUGCCGAUACAUAUACAUAUUUGAAUGUUCUGACUUAAGUCGCUCUCUGUUCCCUAUGUCUGAGAUAUAUAUUUAAAUUGAGAGAUGGACAAAAAUUUCAGAGUUUGGUACUAUUUUAGGACAUGUUGGUUUAAAGCCCUGGAGCUGAAAAAAAUGCAUGUCUAAAAGAGAAAAGCAAUAAAAAAAGAAGCCUUUGUAAAUUGAAGAUAUUUUUGCGUGUGUGUAUAAAGUGUAACUAUCAGAGGUUUACUGUGUAUAUAAUGUACAUGGUGCAUCAGGAUGGGAACAUAUACCCAAUAUAUAGGUACGUACAUACAGAUUUGAUUUGCAAAUGUUCAUAUCCCAUCUGUUUUAUAUCAUGUUAAAUAAACAUUGCAGUUUUUAAUAGUU